CCGCUUUCUUUCUCUCUCCUGCGUUUCAAAUUAUUACUUAUAUUUUUAAUCAUGGAGGCGAAGACAGGAAGCUGAAUCUGCAAGGAGGGUCUGAAAAUGGGGGUUUUGAUCUGGGCAUUUUCUAUUCUUUCUGCAACAGCGCUUCUGAGAUCCUUCUCUGAUGCUCUCACUCAAGAUGGUCUGACAUUGUUGGAGGUCAAGAGUACAUUGAAUGACACCAGAAACUCUCUUGAUAACUGGCAAGCUUCUGAUGAAUCUCCUUGCAAUUGGACUGGCAUUUCUUGCUAUCCUCAAGACCAAAGAGUUCGUGAAAUAAACAUACCUUAUAUGCAAUUGUCAGGAACUAUAUCUCCGAGUAUUGGUAAACUCAGUAGGUUGCAAAGAUUGGCACUUCACCAGAACAGCUUACAUGGAGUUAUUCCAAAUGAAAUUGCCAAUUGUACUGAGCUGAGAGCACUUUAUUUGAGGGCUAAUUAUCUUCAAGGAGGCAUACCAUCAAAUAUUGGAAACCUUUCUUUACUCACUAUUCUGGAUUUAUCCAGUAAUUCACUAAAGGGUGCCAUACCUUCCUCAAUAGGCCGUCUCAUGCACCUGCGUUACCUAAAUUUGUCAACCAACUUUUUUUCAGGAGAAAUACCAGAUUUUGGAAUUCUGAGCACUUUUGGGAACAUGUCAUUUAUUGGGAACUUGGAUCUCUGUGGACGGCAAGUGCACAAGCUGUGUCGGACUGCAAUGGGAUUCCCUGUAGUCCUACCUCAUGCUGAAAGUGAUGAAGCAGCUGUCCCUAAACGAUCAUCUCAUUAUAUUAAAGGAGUGCUGAUUGGUGCAAUGUCCACAAUGUCCCUUGUACUUGUUCUGCUUCUUGUGUUCCUAUGGAUCUAUUUGUUGUCAAAGAAGGAAAGAGCUGCAAAGAAAUAUACAGAAGUCAAGAAGCAAGUUCACCAAGAAUCCACAGGCACAAAGCUUAUUACUUUUCAUGGUGAUCUACCAUACCCAUCAUGUGAAAUCAUUGAAAAGCUGGAGUCUCUUGAUGAGGAGGAUGUUGUGGGAUCAGGGGGAUAUGGAACUGUAUACCGAAUGGUCAUGAAUGAUUGUGGAACAUUUGCUGUUAAAAGAAUAGAUAGAAGUCGUGAAGGAUCUGAUCAGGUGUUUGAGAGAGAGUUGGAAAUCUUGGGUAGCAUCAAACACAUAAAUUUAGUAAAUCUGAGGGGUUACUGCAGACUCCCAGCAUCAAAGCUUCUUAUCUAUGAUUAUCUGGCUAUGGGCAGCUUAGAUGAUUUUUUGCACGAUCUCAAACAAAGAGAUAAGUUGUUGAACUGGAAUGCUCGUUUAAAAAUAUCCCUUGGUUCUGCCCGGGGCCUGGCAUACCUGCAUCAUGACUGUUGUCCAAAGAUUGUUCAUCGUGACAUAAAAUCCAGCAACAUUCUUCUUGAUGAAAACUUGGAACCACAUGUCUCUGACUUUGGUCUUGCCAAGCUUUUGGUGGACGAAGAUGCUCAUGUCACAACAGUGGUUGCUGGCACUUUUGGCUAUCUAGCACCAGAAUAUCUGCAAAGUGGGAUUGCCACUGAAAAAUCUGAUGUUUAUAGCUUUGGAGUUCUCUUACUAGAGCUUGUAACUGGAAAAAGACCAACUGAUCCAACUUUUGUAAAGAGAGGUUUGAAUGUUGUCGGCUGGGUAAACUACUAGAAACCUUUUCUUUCCCAUGCAUACGGAUUUUGAAGUAUGGAAAAUAAACGAAUCUUCUUUUGCUGCAGAUGAAUACCCUGUUGAGAGAGAACCGCUUGGAAGACGUAGUUGAUAGAAGGUGUACCGAUGCUGACUCAGAAACUGUAGAAGCAAUUCUUGAAAUAUCAGCAAGGUGCACAGAUGCAAAUCCAGAUGAUCGUCCAACAAUGAACCAGGUACUUCAGUUGCUUGAGCAAGAGGUCAUGUCACCUUGCCCGAGUGAUUUCUACGGGUCCCAGUCAGACUAUUGUUAAAAACAAUCCAGUAACAUGGCUACUGCACGAAGUCACUUACCCAACCAUAUCUUUCCCAGUUGUUUUAGUCCCUCUCUUUGGGGCUUGUAUACUACUUUCUUGCAAUUGAAGAGUAUCUUUGAACUGCAUUAUUCAACUUGUUUCCUUAUUUAUGUUUGCUACAUGGAGAAGUAAAUAUUAACUAAGGACAGUAACUACCUACCUGAGUAUUCUAGCCAAA